GCUAGCGUCAGGGGCAGGGCGCUGCGCCGGAAGAAGCGCCUUGGCUGCUGCUGCGCCUGCCGCUGCGAGAGGGAUGCUUCGGCUCUCGCGGCACCUGCCAGCCGAUGUUGCGUGACUUUCUGAUUCGCUGGGAGGAGAGGUGCUGCCAGAGGGCAGGCCGCGGGCACGGCGACUUUCCGGAGGCCAUGACGAGCGAGGAAAUGCCAGCGCGCCGGAAGUGCCUUGGCAUCGCGGGCAGGAGAGCAGCGCUGCGCCGCACGCCGGCUGUGCUGCACGCGACCUCGGCGGCGCUCUGCUGCGUCUCUGGGAGCGCUCUCAUCUCCUCGAUCCUCGAGCGCUGCUGGAUGAGCUCGCGCACGGCUGAAUCAUCGACAUGCUGCGGAGGAUGCCCGAGCCCAGCUGGCGCGGUGAGUCGCGGGCAGCGCCAAGACCCAGCGCUGCGAGCGGCCAUGCGCACGAAGGCUCUGCGGCAGCUCAGCUGUCGUGCGGCGUUGGCCCGCGCUGUCCCUCUCCGGCGUGCGGGCCGGACGAUGCCGCCGACUCUACUGCGCUGCCGCCCGCCUGCGCCGAUGCCCGCUGCCCGCUGUGCCGCCUCGAGCCGCCGAUGCCGCGAGAGGUGCGGCUCCUCUGCGGCUGCGAGAGCGAGGGCAACAGCGCGCAGCGAGAGCUCGGUGCUGCGCUGCUGCAUCCGUGCCUUGUGGUGCCUAAGCGCCUCUCUCUGCCAGCGCGUGAAGUGCUGCCCUUGCAGCGUCAUCGCGGUGCGCCAAUCACCCCUCUGGCCUCCUGUGGCGCCUGCUCUGCCACGAAUGGCGCAGAUCAAGCAUCAGAGGGGUCGCCGCGAGGGGCUCCGCCGGAUGCAGAAAAAAAAAGCCCCUCAGUGGCAGUCCAGUUUGCGCGCGCUCUCCCACCUCUGCCGGGGGGGAGAGGAGGGGGGGAAGGGCGGC